CAAAAGUACGAUUAUAAGAUCGGUCGAUUAGCUACUAGUAAUCUUAUUCUUUUACUACCCUAUAUAUACCUACUAAUUCCUAUAUCGUCCGACUAUUUACUUAGGUUUUUAGUAACUACUAUAGAUAUCGUAGAAAGUAGAAUAUUAGUAAAUAGUCUUCUUUCUAUUUAUAAUAAAGCUAUAGAAGAGGGAAGCGUAUCCGAUAUACUUCUUAUUAGUCCGCUAUUAAGAAGGCUAUUGUAUAUUCCUUAUAAUAACUCUAACCUCUAUAAAUCGUCUAAGACCUAUAGGAUAAGCGUAAAUCGCUUUUCCCUUUAUACUUACUAG